AUGUUUGUAGUUGGGAUGGGAGGAUCGGGCAAAACAACUCUUGUUAAGAAAGUGUACGAGAGGGUGAAGGACGAAGGGUUUGAGUGCCAUGCUUGGAUCACUGCUUCAAGGUCAAGAAAGAAACGUGAGAUCUUAUGGAGGAUGUUCAAUGAAUUCUGCAAUCAACCGGUUGAGCAAACUCCCCAGAGUUUCUCCAACGUCGAGGUUGACCUGGUUGACCUAACGAACAAACUAAGGGAGCAUCUGCAAAACAAAAGGUAUGUUGUAGUUUUUGAUGAUUUGUGGAUUAAAGAUGUUUGGGAAACCAUUAAAUUUGCAUUACCUGGAGGUAAUCACAGUAGAAUAAUUGUCACUACGCGAAGAGGCGAUAUAGCUUGUUCAUGUAGAGAUGACUCUACUGGUGUCUAUAACAUCCAGCCUCUUCCUAUGGAAAAGGCUCAAACACUCUUUUGCAAGAAGGCUUUCCCAGGAAGGAGCAUAUGUCCUUCAGGGUUGGAGGACUGGUCCCAAAGAAUCUUAACAAAAUGCGAAGGAUUGCCACUUGCAAUCAUUGAACUAGGUCAAAUUCUGUCAAAUAAAGAGAAAUCUGAAUCUGUAUGGAAAAGAUUGCUUGAAAGCCUUGGAUCAGAGUUGAGCAGAAAUGGCCGCCUUUCAAAUACCAUGAGAGUACUAUCUCUAAGUUACAGAGACUUGCCGUACCAUCUCAAGUAUUGUUUUCUAUACUUGAGCAUUUUUCCCGAGAAUGAUUAUCCAGUUAGGUGCAGAGUAUUGAUUCGGCUGUGGAUAGCAGAGGGUUUUAUAAGAGAACAAACAGGCAAAGAACUUGAAGACAUUGGAGAGGAGUAUCUAAAAGAACUCACCGACAGGAAUCUGAUACAAAGUGAAUUGGAUUUUGAUGGGAGGCCAAAAACUUGUCGGUUACAUAAUCUCAUGCAUAAGAUUAUUCUCUCAAAGUCAAGAGAGGAGAAUUUUUACAAUGUUCUCUCAGAUUCACAGAGAAACAUAGGUGACAAACCCCGCCGAUUAUCUAUCCAAAGCGGUGGAUUCAACAUGUUGCAUAGGAACUUUAAUUGUGUUCGCACACUUUUUAUGUUCGGUGUACCCUACAGCUCCAUUCCAGAAUCCUCUUCAAGCGUGAAAUUAUUGAGAGUUCUGCAUCUGGAAGGUGCACCAUUGGAGGAAUUUCCUUCGGAAAUUUUGGAGUUACUGCUCUUGAAGUAUCUGUGUUUGAGAAAUACCAAUAUCAAAAGCGUUCCCAAGUCUCUGGGGAAUCUUAGGUACCUAGAGACCUUGGAUCUUAAGCAAACUAGAGUUACAAAGCUGCACAAAAAAGUACUCAAACUUGAGACACUUCGGCAUUUGCUUGUUUAUCGCUAUGACAUAGAACAUUAUACCUCUUUUGAUUGUGUUAAAGGAUUCGAGGUAUCAGCAAAGAUCAAGUCACCAAACUUGCAGAAGCUAUCAUUCAUAAAGGCAGAUAAGCAUCACAAAGUGAUUCACGGACUACGAAAUCUGACACAACUAAGAAAGUUGGGGAUCAUUGAUCUUCCAGGAGAAGAUGGGUCAAAAUUGUGUGAGUCAAUUGACCAGCUGCGAAACCUCCAAUCCUUGAAUGUAACAUCAUUACGAAAGGAUGAAGUUGUAGAUCUACAAGCAAUCACCAAUCCUCCACAACUUCUUCAACGCCUGUAUCUGAAAGGGCGAUUAGAAAGGUUACCAAUUUGGAUUUCCAGACUUCAUGACCUGGUAAGGAUACGUCUUAAGUGGUCCAAGUUAACACACUACAAUAACCCCAUUGAUAUCCUUCAACAUCUUCCUAAUCUAUUGGAGCUCCAUCUGCUCGAUGCCUAUACUGGAAACCAGUUAGAUUUCACUGCCAGAAAAUUUCGAACUCUUAAGAUCUUGGAACUUGAGCAAUUGGAACAAUUGAGAAACGUCAGAAUGGAAGAGAAUACCUUAACUCGUCUCCAAAAGCUGAUUAUAAGGCAGUGCAGUAACCUGCAGCAGAUUCCAGAGGGUAUUAAAAACCUCACUCGCCUCAAAGAGCUUCACUUGUACGAUAUGCCCAACAGAUUUGUGGCCCCACUCAAGAAUGGUGGAACAUUGAGUCAUCUGGUUCGCCAUAUCCCAAACAUCCAAUGUUAUUACCUCGCGAGGAAUUGGGUGCCAGAAGCUCUCAAUCUCACGGCUAACUAA